UUUCCUGCUCACAAGUGCCCCAUGCAAGGGCGCAGGUAACUCUCCUUCCCUCCACAUGUCCUGGACACCCCGGCUGUCCGGUGGCGGCUACAAUAGCACACCCAUACAACAGUAGAGCUUCUCUUGGCAUCCACACAAUGUUAAUCCCUUAACUGCGAGAGCCAAUCAUCCUCUUACCCAUCUACAACAAGUUCUAAUUAGAUAAAGUACACCGUCUGGCCAUAAGCUUUGCAGUACACUGAGGAAAGGAAGAAGGGGGAAAAAAAAAGCUGUCUUCAUUUUACAGUCAGUGAAAUUGAGACGACGAGACCAUAGAGUUACUGAAAAUGGUUGAUCCCCUGUUUACAGUGCCUGCACCUCCACCUCCGAUUUCCAGCAGUAUCACACCUCAGAUUCUGCCUUCCUACUUUUCCCCAUCUUCAUCCAAUAUUGCAGCACCAGUCGAGCAGCUUUUGGUACGGACACGUUCAGUGGGGGUAAAUACUUGCGAGGUUGGAGUAGUAACAGAACCCGAAUGCCUUGGACCCUGUGAGCCUGGGACCAGCGUGAACUUGGAAGGAAUUGUGUGGCAUGAAACUGAAGAAGGUGUCCUGGUGGUAAAUGUUACAUGGAGGAACAAGACUUACGUGGGAACGCUGUUGGACUGCACAAAGCAUGACUGGGCCCCUCCUAGGUUUUGUGAAUCGCCAACAAGUGACCUGGAAAUGCGUGGAGGACGGGGCAGGGGAAAGCGGGCAAGGUCCGCUGCAGCUGCGGCUGUGCCUGGGAAUGACGCGAGUUUUGCAGAGUCCAGAGGGCUUCAGAAUAAAAAUCGAGGCGGUGCCAAUGGGAAGGGGAGGAGGGGCAGCCUUAACUCAAGUGGGCGCAGAACACCCCCAAACUGCGCCAUGGAUGAAGUCAAAGCCAGCCCCUCGUCCACAAACAAGAGGAAAACUAAGCCUCCUAUGGAGCUGGAUUUGAACUCCAGUUCAGAGGACAAUAAGUCUGGAAAACGCAUUCGUACUAACUCUAGAAGCACUCCCACCACCCCACAGGGGAAACCUGAGACUACUUUUUUGGACCAAGGCUGCUCUUCUCCAGUGCUGAUUGACUGUCCUCACCCCAACUGCAACAAGAAGUACAAGCACAUUAAUGGAUUACGUUACCAUCAGGCUCAUGCACACUUAGACCCAGAAAACAAACUGGAGUUUGAACCUGACAGUGAAGACAAAAUUUCAGACUGCGAGGAAGCACUGAGUAAUGUGGCACUUGAAUGCAGUGAGCAAAGCACAAACUUGCCAGGCUUUGAUCCACUAAAAGCACCGACAUCUCCUUCCUCCAUUGCUACCCCAGGGACCCCCAAGGGAAAGAGAGAACUGACCAGCAAUGGCCCUGGUUCAGUUAUCAGUUCCAAAACUGGCAAGAAUUCUGGCAAAAAGAAGGGUAUGAACAGUGAACUGAACAGCCUUCCGGUAAUUUCUAACAUGGCAGCCACACUGGAUAAUUGCUCAGUAGCAGAUGGCAAUUUGCAAACCGAGAUGCCGAAAUUGGAGGCUGAAGGGUUAAUCGACAAGAAGAGUUUGGGUGAUAAAGGCAAGAAAUCGAACAAUUGCAAAGUGGAUAAAAACCUUUCCAAGCUGAAAACAGCCAGGCCCAUUGCCCCAGCGCCAGCACCAACUCCUCCCCAGUUAAUAGCUAUACCUACUACAGCCUUUACAACCACCACUACAGGGACAAUACCGGGACUGCCCUCUCUAACAACUACUAUUGUUCAGGCUACACCAAAGAGCCCUCCACUGAAACCCAUUCAACCAAAGCCCACAAUUAUGGGAGAGCCAAGCACUGUAAACCCAGCUCUCACAUCACUCAAAGACAAAAAGAAAAAGGAGAAGCGAAAGCUGAAGGACAAAGAAAGCAAAGAGACGGGCAGCCCCAAGAUGGAUUCUAAGCUGGGGAAGCUGGAGGAUUCAAAAGGGUCUGGAAAAGACUUAUCUGGACAUUUUUUAAAGGACCAUCUCAACAAGAAUGAAGUGCUAGCUAAUGGACUGUCAGAGUCUCAAGAGAGCAGGAUGGCAAGUAUUAAGGCUGAAGCUGAUAAAGUUUACACAUUCACAGACAAUGCGCCCAGCCCUUCCAUAGGGAGUGCCUCCAGGAUGGAAUGCAGCACUUUGGUGAAUGGACAAUCUGCCAUGGCCCCACUGCACGUGUUGACACAGAAUGGCGCAGACAGCACGGCCGCUAAAACCAACAGCCCUGCUUACUCAGAUAUUUCUGAUGCAGCUGAUGAUGGUGGCUCUGACAGCAGGUCAGAGGGCAUGAGGUCAAAGGCCAGCUCUCCAUCAGAUAUUAUUUCUAAUAAAGAUGGUGUUGUUAAAGGACAUUCUUCAACCACAGCACAAUCAGCUCAAGCAAAAGAGUCUCAUUCUCCCUAUUACCAUGGCUACGAUCCUUAUUAUUCCCCGAGUUACUUGCACUCUGGACAGGUCAGUGCCCCAGCAGCUGGGAACAGCAGUACCCCACAGGGGAUGAAAAUUAAAAAAGAGGCUGAGGAAGAGUCUGAAAAGAAAGAGAAGGCAGAAUCAUCAGAUGCCAAGAAAAGCGAAAGCACUUCCUCUAAUUUGCAGCCACAACAUCAGUCAGUUAUAACUCAAAGACACCCUGCACUUGCUCAGUCACUUUAUUAUGGACAGUAUGCCUAUGGGCUCUAUAUGGACCAAAAGUCCUUAAUGGCCUCCAACCCUGCUUACAGGCAGCAGUAUGAAAAAUACUACGAGGACCAGAGACUAGCAGAACAGAAAAUGUCCCAAAGUGGGAGGGACUGUGAAAGGAAGAAUGACCCUCCCAUGAAGGAGAUUGGGAAGGAUGAUGGCAAACAGAAGAAUAUUCCAUCUGCCACUAUUUCAAAGGCCCCUUCAACUCCAGAGUCCAGCAAAAAUAACACUAAAAUAGGAUCAGCGGUUCCUAGCAAAGGUGAGGAGACAAGCAAAUCACAGAUCCUUUCCAAUCACCAGCAGCAGCUUCAGUCUGAUACUUUCAAAGCCAAACAAAUGGAAAACCACCAGCUUAUAAAGGAGGCUGUGGAGAUGAAAUCUGUUAUGGACUCGAUGAAGCAAACAGGAGUAGAUCCAACCACAAGAUUUAAACAGGAUCCAGAUUCACGAACAUGGCAUCAUUAUGUCUAUCAGCCCAAGUACCUUGAUCAGCAAAAAUCAGAAGAACUUGAUCGUGAGAAAAAGUUAAAAGAAGACAGCCCUAGAAAAACACCUAACAAGGAAAGUUCCCUGCCUAACCUUCCUGUCUCAUUAGCAAGCAUUAAAGAGGAGCCUAAAGAGGUCAAGCGUUCUGAUUCUCAAUCAGUGGAUGAGAGCAAGAUAAAAAACGAUGAUCAAAAGACUCCUGUAAAUUGGAAGGACUCUCGGGGUGGUAGAGUAGCAGUUUCCUCACCAAUGAGUCAGCAUCAGUCAUACAUCCAGUACUUGCAUGCUUAUCCGUAUCCGCAGAUGUACGAUCCCAACCAUCCGGCCUAUCGCGCAGUCUCUCCAGUCCUAAUGCACAGCUAUCCUGGGGCCUAUCUCUCUCCAGGAUUUCAUUAUCCAGUUUAUGGGAAGAUGUCAGGGAGAGAAGAGGCAGAGAAGGUCAAUACCAGCCCAAGCAUCAAUGCAAAAUCAACCACUGAGUCCAAAGCACUGGAUUUGCUCCAGCAGCAUGCCAACCAAUACCGCAGCAAGUCACCUGUUCCUGUGGAAAAAUCACCAGCUGAGCGUGAACGGGAAGCAGAAAGGGAACGGGACCGCCAUUCCCCUUUCAGCCAGCGGCAUCUCCAUACACACCACCAUACACAUGUUGGAAUGGGCUACCCCCUUAUACCUGGGCAGUAUGACCCAUUUCAAGGAUUGACCUCUGCUGCCCUUGUUGCCACUCAGCAGGUGGCUGCACAGGCAUCUGCAUCUGGUAUGUUUCCUGCACAAAGAAGUGGUUUCUAAGGAGAAACACUUUUGACAAGAGUGCCAUAAAAGAGGAGUUCUUGGAAGAUUAUAUGAACUACCAAGGAAACUUCGUGACAGAGGACUUCUUCCCUGACUUGUCCUGUUCCCAAGUGAGGAGGAGGCUCCCAACAAAGCACAUGUACGUGCAUUACACGCAGGUGGCUCACAGGUAGAAAAUAUUUGGGACCAUUCGUGGCGGAAUCCAGACCCAGGGUAGACUGACUGCCAAGCGUGUGAUAAGACUCAGCCUGUGCUGUUGUGUAAAUAAAGCAAGAGAUGAAAAAGCAAGAUGGGAGAAUAGCAUUUCUGUUAAUGUAAAGUUGUCCUCUGAAGCACUACUGGAAGAAGGAACCUAUCAGGAAUGAGAGAGUGGAAGGCACCAUAUGUUGGGUAGGAAAAGAUUUAAGAUUAGGCUGUAGGGAAAUCCCCUGAUGAGAAAGAGAUAAAGAAAGGGAUUCAAUGGCAAGACAAAAAAGACUUUGGGGAUAAAGGAUGAAGAAAAAAAUAACAUGGUAGAAAAAAAAAAAACCAACUAGAAAAAAGAGUUGAAUGCAAUAAAAAGAAUCAGACAAAAGAAGAUAUGAAAGAUUACAGGAAAAGGAGAGGAAGUGUGUGAGUCACCAAAGGGUGAUAGAUAUAAAAACAUUAAAGAAUGAAUGGAAAAGAAACACUCCUUUUGGAGAAAAAGAACAAAACAUUAUUGAAGAGAGGCAAGAGAACAACAUGCAGAACAAUAAAAAUCUAGGAUAAAUAAUACAGAUGUGAAUGAAAUGAAUCAUAACUAAUAAAAGAGAAAAUGAGGGGAUAAGGCUGAAGAGAAUAAAAAGAUGAUUCAAUAUUCAGGAAAAAUAGGUGAUGGAUUUUAAUUGUAUUUAUUUGCUUGUCUACAUCUAACAGUCUUUCUGUAAGAGGUAUAUCUUCUGAGAUUUUGAUAUUAAAAUCAGUGGCCAUCUAUAGAAUAAUGUGCUGCAUUUAUCACAUUUUAUCAUUAUAAUGCUUAUGGAAUAGCUUUUACUAGCGCUACAUUAAUAUAAUCUGCGUAAUAGAGGGAAUAUGUAGGAAAGAUUACCCUAUAGGAAGAGUGACCCUCCCCCCAGAUUAAUUAUUCUAAUUUUUUUUCAGAGUGGAAUUGAAUUUCAUUUGGCCUCUUUUAAUUAGGGGCCAAAAAAAGAAAAAGCGCCUCUCCUUUUGAGUCACAUUUUUUUUCUUACAAGCCCACUGUUUACAGUUCAUCUGAAAUCGGAGGGUCACAUGCCCUGCUCUUUUGCACACAGCAAAAUCAGCAGCUUACGUUUAAGAUGUUUUGCUUCUUUUCUGAGCCUCUUGCUCGUGUACUUAGCAGAGAAUGAUUAAAACCUGUGCUCUGUUAGAACUGUUGCAGUGUUUAAACAAGGAAGUCUGUGUUUGUUUAAGAGAAUGGGGAAAUGGUUAUCUUGACAGAUUAGACUGAAAAAACAGGACAGCCACAGUCUAGCACAGAUGUCCAAAUUUGCCACUUGGCUGGUUUUUUGAGGUCCUCUAAACAAAACUUGCUUGUGUGUUUGUGCUUUUGCUCUGUUUGACACCUGACUGAGGAAUGUGAUUAAGCACUACUGCCAGGGAUUACAUGUCUCUCUUGAGCAAGUGUUCACAGGGCUGAAGUUUCCCCAUGUCUGUCUAACUGUGUCAUAGCCUGCUAUGGGAAUACAAGAGAGACAUCUCAAAAUGGAUUAAAGCCCUUGAAAAAAGGUUGGAUUGUAAUGAAAUGACUGCUUUGGACAGAAAUUCAGCGAACAUUUUUUUUGAGCUGAGUUUUCCAGCAUCUCCAUUCACUUAGUGACAGAACACAUGGAAGUGAGAAAUAUAUAAUUUGUCUGUGAAAUACUGAAGCCAUUUGCAAGACACAUUGCAGCCUCCCAGACAUAAAGCACAUUUUGGUGGAGAGAAAUGUUACAUCCUUAAUCAGUGUGAGAUGAUAAUUUUCUAAUACAUUUAAGAUACAUGCUUCACUUGAUAAAUCCAUACAACUCUCUACUCAGACACUUUAUCAACUCCUGUUAACAUUAUCAUCUUGAAUUAGUUGUCCUCACAUUACUUCCAUGGUAGAAAAAGCACUUCCAAAGCCGCUGCCAUUUAAUUUUUUUCAAAACAUACUUAUCUGUAAAUGAAGUUUUGCUUGGUUCAAUUAAUGUUAAACUGGAAAACAGUAACAAGUGCUUGAUAGAUAAAGGCCAUUUGCCUACCAGAGGAGAUCAUUGCACUGAUCAGGGUCGUGUGUAUGUGAGGGUUUGUGUUUUCACAAAAGUGCCACAUGAGAAAUGUUUUGAUUGGUGUGUGUAUUCUGUGUAUCACAUUGUAUCCCUGGCAAUGUACAUAAAUUUGGUAUACACUGUAGGUCCCCAGAAAUGUCAUAACUUUGGGCCAGAUCCCAAAAAAACCCCAGCAGUGCAUGGUACCUGACAGUGGGGAUGUAUAAAUAGCAUUAUAGUAACUGCCAUUGAUUCCAGCCUUCAGAAGCACUCUGAGGAAUUUCAUCUUUAUAUGUCUGUGUGAUUACAGAAGGUCUUUGGAACUAUUAAUGCUGAAUAUACUCUUGGAAUGAGAAUGGUUGUUUUUUGAGAAAUUACUGGAGAUAUAUUGACCCCUAUUAGCACAGUGAUGUUGGACAGACAUUUUAUGAAGCACCUGUGGCAGAGCUAUUCAUGUAAUCUGUAUUUUUUUUCAGGCUAUCCUAUAUGUAGAUUCAAAGAGUGUUUUACAAAGAUUAAAGAUAUGCACCUGACAUAAAUAUGAAGCACCUGAUAAACACAUAAUACAUGAUGAAUGUGAAAUGCAUGAUAUGAAUAUGAAAACAAAACUUCUUUGGGAUUCAAGAUUCCAUACAGCUAAAAGGACCCUGUAAGCAAUUGAAUUUUAUGAUGUGUAGAGUCAUUCUAGGGCUUUGAUAAAAGAUUUUGAUGCCUGCUUUGACAAUAGUUUCACUUGCUUCAGCAUCUGCUGAAGUAUAAUGACACUAUUUAAAGCAGUAAUGAAAUUGAAGCCACAAGCUAGUUCCACCUUGAAACUUAUCAGGUGUUUUUGCUGAGGAGCUGUGAGAAUUUUCAGCUUGACAUCAGAAGUAAUGUGAGAAGGCUAAGGUCCUCAAGGGAGAAAGUGGUUAUGCCAGGAGAUUCUUAUUUACUUGCUGAUAGGCUUUUAUCUAUUCCUUUUAUCACCAGUUCCUGAUUUUUGUUUUCUUUCCAAACUUUGGGCUUUAAAGUUAUGAUGGUUCUGAAGUUAUGUGCCAAAAAUGCUGGGAGAGUAGAGAUGAGUAAACUGCUCAUCUCAUCUGGUAGAAAUUCUGGCUUGAAACCUCUAACUUGCCACAAGGUGCUUAAAAACUCUCUGAAUUUUUAUUUUGUGCCUGUGCAAGUGUGAAAAAAAGGGAUUCUUUGUCAAAGCAAAAUGGCAAACUGUACUGGCUGGUUUUCUUUUUAGUCCCAUGGUGCAGAAAUAAUUCCACCACCUUUGUGUGGUGAAGAAAAUGGGAAUCCAGGUUAGUACAGCUUGUUAGCUGAGGCUAGGAGGUGAGUUCAUAUUUAAAUUCACAGAAUAAUACUACAAAAAAUAGUAAAACACACUUGAUGUAAUGGCUUGAAUAAAAACUUUCCAAACGGUAUUAAGAGUGAUAGUAUAAAAAACAACUCUUUAAUGUAGGGUUUCAGGGGGACAAAUGUGGCUCUGUGCACACGAUGAAGUAUUCCUACAAUUUUUAUAAGGUUAAUUAGUUAGUAUAUCUAGCAGCUACAUCCAAUAACCCAUCCUUGGGACAGCCCUUGGAGUUGGUUCAGGGGCUUCUUAGCCCCAUUUCAUGUUAUGUCUCUUAAGUUCUGUUGGAAAACAAGAUGUCCUUGUCAGAAAUUCUCUUCUUAAGAAUAAGACUAAACAGAAUUUCAAGAAUGUGUUAGUAAGGGUGACAUUAUUGUGAGAAAAGGCAGGAAAAGUCCUAGAAACCAUACAACUAUAUAUUAAAAAUCUACAGAGGUACAAAUAUAUGAAGAAUAUAUACAAAGCUAAAAAUCUUUAGGCAUCACAAGGACUAGUGUAACUGUCAACGAAAAAAGAAUAAAUAAUUGUAAAACAACCACAUCUUCUUCUCUGAUAGGGCAUGGGGAAAAUAAUGCCAGAUGUUACCUAUCUUGAGUAAGAGACAAACUGUAUCAGGUUUGUCUGUGUAUUACACAAGCGGGAGAAUUGUGGUGUUAAGCUGCUGUGAAGUAGGAACAAAUGUGACUGGUAGACUGUUUGGAAAAUAACUAUCAACAUUUCUUGGUCAAACUAGUGUGUGGAUUGAGAAGAGACUCCCAUUCAGCUGCUCUGAGACUGCUCUUCAAUAUAUUCAGUCAACAACUUACAUGUUGAAACAGAGUGUAUACUCUUUUAUAUAUAUAUAUAGUUCCUCCCAAACUGGAAUGGGAUAGGACUGGACUGCUGGAUAAUCUUCACAAACUCAAAAAGUACAGUGCAAGAGAUGUGAAACACAAUGCAUAGGUGAGGAAAAUAAACUUGUACAAGUAGUGGUUAGGUAGUGACUCUGUAGGGGUUUAUCACGGAUUAAAGUGAACAAUGUCAACAAUGUUAUGCUCUUGUGAACACAUCAACACAUCAUGCUGGGAUAUGAAACAGCAUGGAACACAUUAACUAACAAUCCCUCUCCACUGAGCAGCGAAGUCAGCUCUGUGCCCUGUCUGUCUUUUGGCCUCUACACUUAAAGCUGGGGCCUGAGUAGAGUGAGUCAGAAGGGGAAUGCAAAUUGCUAGAAAUGGACAAUUUCAGUUUUGAGAACAUCUGAUCAUUGUUGGAAGUCUUAAAAAGAAAGGAAAAUACCUCCAACUAGGAAAGCAACUUUACUUCAUGGCUGUUGUAGAAAGACUGAGAAGUUAAGGCAUGAGGUUCCAGCAAGGGACAUUUACAUUACUCUUUAGAAAGGCAGUGUGUUAAGGACUGUCUUAGAGGGUCUUAUAAAAAUUCUUGUAAGACAGAACACUGGUCAUAUAGGCCAUCAUAUAUAGCUGAUUCUUGAAGCAUUGUUAAAGUGUAAGAUAUAAAGUCUGAAGAUCCGCCAUGCUGAGAUCCAGCCGGCAUAUACGUCUAUUUAAAAAAAAAAGAAAAAAGAAAAAAGGUUUUUUAUAUGUAUGUAUCUAUAUUAAAAAUGUCAUGGUGAUAUCUAGAUAUUCCUAAGGGGGCUUU